AUGGUUUCAGAAACUUCAUGCUUGAUUUUCGUCCCAAACGUGCAGUCGAGAGAGUGGGUAUUGCAGGUAGGCUACUGGCAAGUCGACCAUUGUGCAGUUUCUGUCUUCCCUUGGUCUGUAGAGGGGUCUCUGCAAGAUUUGGAGCUGAAGUUCGCUCCAACUUGGGUGAUCCUCAAGAAUAUUCCGCCUCAGUUAUACUCCCUAGAUGAUAUAAGUGUUGUUGCAAGUGCUGUUGGAGAACCGCUUCAUACGGAGAAGUCAAGGUUGGAUCCCUAUCAUUUUGGCGACACCAAAGUUAAAGUAGAGAUUGACUUAUCGGUGACUCUCCCGAAUGUUGUUGAGGUGAGAGACUCAGAGAAAAAUUCGGUUAGAAUCAAGAUCGAGUACCCAAAGAUUCCUCCCAAGUGCUGCAACUGUGGGAAGUUUGGGCAUCUGAUGAAUCGUUGUCCUAAACCCCCAAUGAAGAGAAAACCGCAGCUUCAAACUCAGGAGAAGGAACAAGAGAAGGUUAAAGUGGCUAUGGCUCCACCUUCAGUUUCGGUCUCGGCCGUGAGUGCUCAGAUGGACUUUGCGAACACGACGUUGGCACAAGACAGUGAAGCUACUCAUGUGCAAUCCGCUGGUCCUUCUCCAAGUACUCAAAAACGAGCCAGGUCGAGGUCCAGAGCCAGGGAAAGACGUAGAAGCCUCUCAGCGUUACCUUCACACCGUAUCUUUUCUUCUUAUAGUGAAGGGGAAGAGGGAGAGAUAGUUGAGGUCUCGAAAGCAGCGGAAGUAACUCUUUUGAGACAGGAGAGAGCGAGAGAUUCGGGAAAGAAGGCAGAAUGUAAAAAUGAUUUCGGUAGCAAGGAAGAGGAGUAUACUUAUUCGGACCCCCCGCAGGAGGAAUGCAUUUGGUUGAAGCCAAAAGCGGCAAGACGUGCUCAGAAAAUAAGAGAACAGAGGGCUGCUUGGAAUGCUUCAGGAGGUCGGCUGUUAAAGCAAAAGAUUCCAUUGUCUCUGAACCGAGGUGGUACCUCGGGGAGGAAACAAAACCUCUGA